AUGGCAACCCCAAACACAGUCACAAAGGGCGUCAUCCUCGUCGGAGGCCCAUCCAAGGGCACGCGCAUGCGUCCUCUCACGCUUGAUUGCCCCAAGCCUCUCCUCCCAAUCGGCGGCAAGCCCAUGGUCUGGCACCCCCUCAACGCGCUUGCCCAAGUGCCUGGCCUCACGGACAUUAUCAUGAUCGGGUUCUACGAGGACAGCGUCAUGGCGCCGUUUGUGCGCGAGUCGCAGCGCGAGUUCCCCAACAUCCGCAUUGCUUACAUGCGCGAGUACCGCUCGCUCGGCACGGCGGGAGGGUUGUACCACUUCCGCGACCUCAUCCUCCGCACCCCCGUCCCCCAGCACAUCUUCAUCUGCAACAUUGACAUCUGCUCUUCGUUCCCCUUCACCGAGCUUCUGGCCAUGCACUCGGCCCACAGAGGUGUCGGCACGAUCCUCGGCGUCAACGUACCCAAGGACACGGCGACCAAGUACGGCUGUAUCGUUAGCGACCCCGAGACCAAGCAGAUGCUCCACUAUGUUGAGAAGCCCGAGAGCUGGAUCUCGAACACGGUCAAUGGGGGUGUUUAUCUCUUUGACAAGAGCGUGUUUGACGAGAUCAAGGUCGCGAUGGACUCGAAGACGGAAUGUGCUGCACACAACCCCCUCAUCGAGCUCGACGAGACACUCCAGCUCGAGCAGGACGUGAUCGCCCCCCUCGCCGGCACAGGCAAGAUGUACGUGUGCGAGACGCGCGACUUCUGGCGCCAGAUCAAGACGGCUGCGUCGGCUGUCACCGCUUCCGGACUGUACCUGAAGCAGUUCCAGAAGAGCCGACCCGAGCUGCUGGCUCCCAAGACGGGCGAGGUCAUUGAGCCCGUCUACAUUGAUUCGACUGCUCAUAUCGACCCCACGGCCAAGAUUGGGCCUAAUGCGACUAUUGGCCCCAAUGUUGUCGUGGGCGAGGGCGCACGCAUUGCCAACGCCAUCAUUCUCGACAAUAGCGUUAUCGACAAGCAUGCCGUCGUGCUCAACUCCAUUGUCGGGAGCAACUCGACACUCGGAAAGUGGGCCCGCGUCGAUGGCGAGCCUGAGCCCGUUAGCGACGUCAAGGGCCAGAUUAGCGUUAGCGUCCUCGCUUCCGACGUGCAUGUCGCCCCCGAGACUCAUAUCCGCUCCUGCAUCGUCCUCCCCAACAAGAACCUCCCCAAGAACGCCUACAACCAGGUGCUUCUGUAA